CUGAUUUCGCUUACUCUUUCACUGAAACCCUAAUUUGGGGUUUUUCAGAUUUCCUUCAAUCUCUCGUCGUCAUUUCUUCGUCUCACCGUUGAAUCUGAAAAUGAUCGCCGGAGUAUUGCGCCGAUCUUCACUCCCGUCGAGGCAGACUCUCUCCGCCGCGUUAGCCUCCUUCAAUUCGUGUAUUUCGCACAAUCUCACUCCAGCCACCACCGGAGCUUCCGUCAGCUCUCGAUUCACUCUCGCGUCGUCUCCUAACUCGUUUGGCAUCAGAGCGAGGAACAUCCACAUUAGAUCUGAGCCGUCGAUGAUUGUUCCCGCAGGAAUCGCGUCACAAGGUUACGCCACUGUCACAAAGGAUCGCAAAAACGAGAUUAAGAAAGCUAAGAUUAAAAUUUCUCCAGACAAUGUCAGACCAUUGAGUAGGAAGGAGAUCGCUCUCCAGAAAGAGGCAGCAGAAGAAAGCACAUCAAAGAUAAAAGGAACAAAGAUUUGUAUAGCGAUUCGGUCUUUUGUUAACCCGGAAAAGCAAGCUUGGUGUCUUCCUCCUCACACUCGUAAAGUCGCAAUGCCCGAUACACGAACUCUGUACACGGUGCUAAGAUCGCCUCACGUCGAUAAGAAGUCUAGAGAACAGUUUGAGAUGAGGUUCAAGAAACGGUUUCUUGUCAUCAAAGCUCAGAGUCAUGAGUUGAGCAAGAAGCUGUUUUGGUUAAAACGUUAUCGUAUUCUUGGAGCUCAAUAUGAACUCCAGUUCCAUUGCAAGACCCGUUUGGAUAUGACUCAAGUGUUAGGCAACAUCAAUGGCUCCACCACCAAUGCUUACUGAGAUGGCUAAAGACAUCAUUUUGUAGAAGUUUCAAGACCCAACCGGGUACUAUGCAAUAAUUUCGAACCUUACGGAUCCAUGAAACCAGCUUUGCUUCACAUCAGAUCAAGUAGUUAUUUUCUUGCUUAGUAUAAACAUGUGUUUUUGGACGAUUUUGAAAGAUACAAUUGAGUUUCAGUUACAGUGCUUUCCAUUUAUUCAUUAGCCAAUCAAAGUCUUUAUACAUCACCAAGGAUUGAGACACAUUUAGACUGCUAAAGGUG